GUCUUACUAGAAGAUAUGACUGUCAUCACCGUGCCAAUAGAAAAUGUGUUGUUGUGAGAAUGCGCAUAGCAGAGGUAUCGCCAUUUCCGUGAUGUAAGGAUGCUAGUGUUUUGGUGUCUGAGGAUAAUACGAUACGAUUUAGACAAUUUUGUGAGCUGAAUCAAUGCGAAUCAAAAUGCAUUCGUUAGAAGAGGUAGGGGCGAAUGUCCCUGCGUUUUUAGCGAAGUUAUGGAAGAUAGUGGAAGACCCAGAAACCAAUGACCUUAUACGUUGGAGUGCGGAGGGGGCCAGCUUCAUCAUCCAGAACACGGCGCGGUUCUCGCGGGAGCUGCUGCCGCUCUACUACAAGCACAACAACAUGGCCAGCUUCAUCCGCCAGCUCAACAUGUAUGGAUUCCACAAGGUGGUGUCGCUGGAGGCGGGCGGACUGAAAGUGGACAAGGACGAGAUGGAGUUUGCUCACCCUUGCUUCGUUCACGACCACCCCGUCCUUCUGGAGAACAUCAAGAGGAAGCAGAUCCCCAACAAGCUGGAGGGAGAGCUGCGUCUGGGCGCGCGCUCCGACGUGUACGGCAAGGUGUUGACGGAGGUGAAGAACAUGAAGGGCCGGCAGGAGUCCCUGGACUCGCAGCUGGUGUCCAUGAAGCGCGAGAAUGAGGUGCUGUGGCGCGAGGUGGCGCUGCUGCGCGAGAAGCACAAGCAGCAGCAGACCAUCGUCAACAAGCUGGUGCACUUCUUCGUGAACCUGUUCCAAGCGGACGAGGCGGGCAACCUGCGCCUGAAGCGCCAGGCGCGGCUCAUGAUCAAGGACAAGACGCACAGCGCGGCCAAGGUCGCCAAGCUGGACGGCUUCCGCUCGCGUAGGGGACAUAGCGGCACUGUCAGGAAAGCCUCGUUCGUUCCGACGACCGGCGGCGACGCGGAAGACUUCCUGAGGCUUGACGAAGAGGAAGACAGUGAUGGAAUGGAGGAGCGCAGUCCGCAGGGGCCCAUCAUCCACGAGAUCGACGCCAGCGAGCUGCUGGACGGCUACAGCGCGGUGGAGAUGUCCGAGGAGGAGUCGACCGCGCUGCCCCAGGACCUGCGCGAGGCGGUGGAGAGCGCGGACUCCCGGCACGACAAGGGGGCCGGCGGUCCCGGGGACAUGCUGCUGGACGUGUGCCCCGACAUCACGGUGUCCUCGCUGCCGCUGGACGUGGACAUGGUGAUCGCGGAGGCCACGGACACGGAGCCCCGUGCGCCGGCUGGCCGCCCCCGCGAGCUCAAGAGGCGGCGGCGACGGAGGCCCGCGCAGCAGGACGACGGGCUCACCAUCAUCCUGCCCCUGGAGGAGGCUGUGGACGACGUGCAGCCCGUGGAGAUGAUCGUGCCCGAGCCGCGGCAGCUGAAGGAGGAGCCCGGCUCGCUGGAGGCCGCCACCUCCGCUCCCCCCUCCACCGCCGCCACCGCCGCGUCGCUGGACAGGUGGGGAGCCACGGAGCAGCUGGACAGCCACGUGGGCUCCAUGCAGUCGGAGCUGGACAACAUCCGGGAGCUGCUCAAGGGCGAGGGCUACAGCCUGGACGACAGCACGCUGAUGGGGGUACGUGCGGCCGACCAGGGCCUCGCUCCCGAUGUCUUCACCAAGAUCUUCAGCGACGACCCCCUGUCGUACGAGCUGUCGGAGCUGCCGAGUGGCGUCGAGUCGGCCGGCGACCGGGGCAAGGAGAACCUGGAGUUCUCGUCAGAUCCAUUGAUCACCGGCAGCGAACUGAUUUCGAGUGGCAGCAACGGCUUGCCGGAGCUGACGGACUUCCUGGACUGGACGCAGGUGUCCGAGGCUCCGGGCGACUACGAGCUCAUCCUGGGGGACCUCAACACCCCGCAGAUGGUGCCCGGGAGUCCGGGAGCCUCCAAGUAGGGCCACGUCACCCACCCCCCACUGACUCAGCUGCAUGUACAUACUUGUAACUAUCCAGUAUCGCGCCGUGUUUCUGCGUGUUCUUCUUGGGAAAUGAAAAUCUUGUAGGUGUCGUAUAUGCCCAGUAGUGUAUUUUUUUAUAUGUGUAAAUUAAAUAUUUGAUUGAACAUACUUAAAGCCUGUCAGUUUAUUGUCGUCACAUAGGACAUACACAUGAUGGAUUAAUUGCUGCUCGAAGCUUGUUUAAUGUGUUCUAGCUUUUUUUCUUUGCACUUCUGAAGGAAUGUAUAUUUGUCCAAAACUAAGUAUACAUGAAGGGUCAACCAGUCGACGACUAGAACCAACCAAGUUCUGCAUUUGGUAGUGUGUGUGAGACUUGUCCUAGAAGAGUGAUGUGUGCUAGUUGCAACAAACUGGGUUGAGUUAUUUCUUUGUGUGGUAUUGUUUCCCUUAAUUGCAGUAUGUCUAAUUUACUGUUUAAUUAACAAUGGGUAUUUUGUUGUACAAAUAGUUUUAGUAGCAAACUUUCUAAAUUUACUGUUUAACCGGCAAGUUUAUUUUUGAGUUUGAAUAAUAUGUCAAAAAUUUGAAAAUUCAGUUAGUUCGUUAAAUAAUCUCAGUUUAACCUAAACCCCUGCAAGCCACCAAGAAUCAAGGUUGUAGCAGAGAAAGGAGUUGUGUUGUGAUGUGUGCUGUAUUCAACCAGGAUUGUGCAGUGCGUGUCCUCUGAGGUUGUACUAGCCUCGCGAAUGGCUCUAGCAUCAUGCCUUUUUUUGGAUGUUCAACCUGAGUGACAUACUGUAUAUUGAGACAUAUGUUGGAUUUGUGUAUGUUUGAUGCCUUAUGUUAGGAUGGGCGAACUUGUAUUCCGUGCCCCACUGAAUAUGUGUCUUAUCUUUAUCUGUCGACAGUCGGAACAGACAAGUGACUAUUCAUGGCUUGAACCAGCCAGCGAGGGUUAUGACUUGUAACUGAUAAUUGACUAUCAUACAUGAAGUAAACUUAAAAAUGUGACUGUUUGGUGCCUAGUUGUUAUGAAUCAUGGCAAUUGUCUUCUCGGCUAAGACUUGUUUCUUGCCUUAAUCAUUAGAAAUGUGCAACUGAUUAGUGACUUGAUUACCUGUUGAUGAGGCUACCACAUGACUUUACUGCUCACUGACUUGACUAAUGGCACGAGCGUUGACUCUCGGUUCACUCGGGAUCGUGAACGUCUCCCCACCGAUUUGUGACUAUUGAGGUUCUCCCCGCCGGUGAUUGUCGACAAGCCACUGAUGCGACCUGCCGAGACUUCCCGACUGUGUCGUGGUGUACGCACAUGCUGUCCACAGUAGCUGUGCCACCAGCAUCUGCUUUAAUGUUUAUUGAACCUGUACGAGGCAGUGACAUGUCAUUAACACUUGACUGUUACUUAUUGUCUUCGCUGCUAAGUCUUGACAAGUUCGUGAUGUAUACUUCUUCCAGCUAACUGCUAGUAGUGUAGUUUAGUUCUCUACCGCCGGGUGUUGCGGCGAGUGGAGCACGCUACCAGCCGGACUCACUACUCGUGACAAUUUAAAAACUUAUCAUUAACUUGUAGAAGUUUUGUGAAGAAUUUAAAAGUAAAUAUAUACCUAGCAGUAGGAUACUUAGUUGUGUAAGUUCAGAAAUUUUCUUUGGUUUUUGCAUUAAUUAAUAAUGUUGGUUUGUUCUUAGCAAUUAGGGCAAGUGGUUUUGAAUUAUUUGUUUGUUAUCUAAGUAGGUUAUAGCGUUAUAGCUUAUAGGUGAAUUUUAGUUCAUAAAUAUGCUGCUACAAAAUAUAACAUAUUUUGUGUAUAUGAUUAUUAUGGUUAAUAUUAAACCAUCUCAUAUAGUUUGCUACUCGUUAACUUAAAAUUGUCAAAUUUUUGAUAGCAACUUAGUAUAAAUAGUAUGACUCUGCAUUUUCUUAAUAAUCAUACUUCUAAAGUUUAGUAUAUGGUUUUUUUUUUUAAAUUUUAAUUUAAUUUAAUUUAAUUUUUUAAAAAAAAUCUGUAAACAGGUAGAUUUCUAUUUACAAACUCUCCAUAGAGGCAAGGAAAUUGUAUUUGUUUGCUAAUCUUCAUUAGUUAUGUUGUGCACAUUUUAACCUGUCCUGAAUGCAGUGGCAGAUACAUAAGGUGGAGGGGGCGGGGCGGGGGGGGGUUCAUGUAAUACAAUGCACAUUCGAAUGUGUUCAUACACUUAACCCCCAGGACGACUUCAUUAUUAUGGAUUAAAACUAAAUAUUUUGCCCGCAAAGACUUUGUGAUUUGUUAUUACACCCUUAGCUCAAGAUGUCUUUUAGUGUUCCCCCCACCCACUGCAUCUGCCACUGCCUAAAUCAUCACUUCAAGUUCUGCAAGUUACAAUGCGAAGUAGCAUCAUCAGAUAUCUGACUGAAAAUAAUAUUACUUGCCAUUUUGCAUUAUGCUCUUGGUUGUAGUUUAAUAGCUUAUUCUGGAUGGAAGGAAUGUUCUUAUACAGCGAGCUGAGAGCAAAGCAUAAAGUAAAUCCAACUUUUUUUUUGUCUUAAAUUUUAUUGGAGAACGUAAACAUAACGAAGUGUUUGAGCCUUAGCAAGAGAGGGUAUUUGUAUCAGUUGUGUGCAUUAUGACUACUUCACUUGCUGACUGUGUUCGUUUGACUUUUAACUGAAAUGCUUACAAUAAUUCACUGUGCUCAUCAGCAAGACUUAGAUUCUAACUCCACAGCUGACUUUUGACGACUUUCAUGUGUAGUUAGUUACGUAACGUCAUUUUGUAGAGGCCAUGUGCAUUCCUUUGAUGCUGAGAAAUUGUCUCAUGUGUAUCGAGUGUGUAAGGCUUUACCCUCACAAAAAUUACAUAGAACUUUUUCACUUUCGAAGCAUUAAUAAAAUUAUUUGUCAAAUUACAAAAUAUUUAAUGUUUGUAUUCCUAGUGAAUUCAGGCUGGAUUAUUUGUUAUUUUUUUCAUUGUGAUUAUUUAUUAAGAUAAGUUUGCAAAAUAUUUGCAUAGAACACUGUUUAUCUGUGUCUUUAUUUUUAACUUUAUUACAGUUGUUACUUUUUUAUAACUAGAUUUAUUCAUAGUUUACUUAUUAGUUAUAAUUUCCUUUUUAUCUCCUAUUGUACUUUUUUGUACAUUACCGUGUUUUAUUGCAUAAUCAUCACACAAUUAAUACUAAAAUAGUUUAAAAAGUAGGGGUGCGAUUUUUAUGCAAGAAAAAAACAUUUUUUAAACAAAACCUAUUCAUGGAAAGUACGUUUAUUUAAAAAGUAGAGUAUGUAAACGCACACCAAACAAUUCAAAUUAAUAAGUCAUGCAACAAAUACAUUUUGUUCAACUUUAAAUAGAAAAAUGAAAACCGUGACCAGAACAUGAACCGGAACGCAUAACUAUCAUCGCAGUACACACUUACCACGAAAGAGUGCGGGCCAUCAAAUGUAGUUAACUCGACACACGACAGAGCGCGUGCGCGUUGCAGGCAGUCGGCGAGAUAUCAAUAUUUGAUGAUACGCACACACACUAUACGGGAAUUAAACAUAACAUAACCAAACAUGAAUGAGAAUGAUGCCAACUAGCGCUGGCUAAAUUUUUAUAAGCGAUACACAGCGGCGACAAAGACAAAUACUUAAAGGUAUAACAUUUGAAAAGUCUUUAAAAUAAAAUUUUUACACAUCAGACAACUUCGUAUUCUGUUAAUUAAAUAGGUAAGCUGUAAUAUCCGAAUGAAUUAGAGAUUUCAACUUUAAAAUGUAUACUAGUUGUUUUUUUUUUAUGGGAAAGCUACAUACACAAAGCGCUCGGAAUCUAACAGUGGCAUUAAAAACAUUAUGCAAUAUUAAUGCCAGAAUUUUUUUUCUUCAAAUUUUGACACCCUAAAAUGACGGUGUGAUGAUUAUGCGAUAAAACACGGUGUAUAAAUCAACUGGAUUGAAAUAGAGAUUGUGGUCUUAUUGUUAAAAUCAAAUACAAAUUAAUUGUAACAGUUAAUUGUAAAUUUGGAUUAUUGUGAAUUUUCUUUCUGUAUUUAUUUUUGUGUACUGUGAGUUUAUAAUAAUUUUUUUUAUGAGUACUACAAUUUACAGAAUUGUAAUUUAUGAAUAUAAUUACUAAAUUGUUGAAAUAUAUUAGGAUAGGUUGAUCUGAAACUGUGUGAAAAUUUUCUUAUAAGUUUUUAUGCUCAUAUCAUUCAUUUUGUUUGUAAUUAUUUGCCUUUAAAAUAUAUUGAAAAAUUACAUUCACUACCUUUCUCAAGCAUUGUACAUUAAAAAACUACUUAAUUUCAAAAGUUGUAAAUUUUUUCAAAAAAUAACUUUUUAUUAUAAGCAUUUAAUAAGAGCAGAUUUAAACACGUUGUUUUAAAAACAUGUCAGAAUGUUGAAAAUGUUUCAUUUCAUAGGUUUUUACUUCAUAUUUGAUGCUUUCGCAUGCCUCUAGUUUGUUUAAUUUGAUUUCUUAUUUUCCUAUUAUUGGUUUUAAAAUUUAAGAACUAAAGUAUACCAGUUCACACAGUAUAACAUUCAGUUUAUUUAUUUAGACUUUGGUGGGUUUUUUUUCCUUCCCCUAUCAAUAAGUUAUAUUUUUAGUAUGAAGUGGUAAUAUUAUUCUUGAUCAUUUUAAGUUGUUUUUUGAGAAUCUGUUUUAGGUUGUCGAAUAUGCUAAAUCUAAUAUGUAUUUCAAGUUAAUGUCAUAUGAAGUCGUAAAUAUUACAUUGCAGUGGUCAUGUAGCUAGCAAUUGAACCCACAUAGGUUUCUAUUGAAAACACAUUUCCAGUUCAAAUAAAAAAAUGCAUUUAUUGUACUAUAUCCACAUGCAUACUCUGGAAGUGCUAAACUUCACCUAGAACAUAAAAGUUUUUAAAUGAAUAUUUUUAGAUUCCCAGCUCAAUAUAUUUUUAAUAAAAUUAGGAUUAAAUAUAUCAAUUGUAAAAAUUAGUUUUACAUGUCAGAAUGAUUAAUUUCAUAUAAAUUAAUUAAAAAUUAUUACGUAGCCAAAUAGCAUAAGGACAUGUGACUUGAGUACUGACUGACUGCCAUUUGGUGAUCUGAAUCUUUUGUGACCACACACACACACACACACACACACACGCACACGCACGCGCACACACACACACACACACACACACACACACACCAAUCCCUUUUUUCCCCCUUUUUAUUAUUAUAAUUAUUAUAUAAGAUUAUGAAUUUUUAUGUUCAUUGGUUCCUGUAUACUUAUUCAUUAAAAUAAAAAUUCCUGUCAUGGUGUUGUAUAAAUUUUACAACAGUCUGGUUUUCAACUUUUUUAAAAAGAUACUUAGUUAUAGGCAAUAAUCGUAAUUUGUUCAGGUUUCAAAUGUCACUACAUAAUUUAAUUUUAUUAUUAUAAAAGUUUUGUUCCCAUCAUUACUUUUUUCAAAAGACUAUUUCUAACAUUUUAACAUUUGUUCUGCUACAAAUAUUCACCUAGUGUAAUACCGUGAGUAUUUGUGGCAGGGCAACAAAUGCAAAGGUGAUAUUGUGUUGAAAUUUUAUAAAUGGCCAUUUAAUAAGGAAAAGAUCAAAAUGGUGAUAGCUGCCAGAGUAGUUUUUCAGUUAUGAUUUUCAUUGUUUUCAACAUCUUAAACCUCUACUACUAUAAACAGUAUUCUGGUUUUAGAUAGCUAGUUUUGGUUUUUGCAGAAUAAAAUAGCUAGCCUUACUUUUGUUAACGGUUAGGUAAGUUAAGUGUUUGGGAAAUUUGUAUGCUAAUUUUUAAUACAUAUUACUGUGUGUAUUUAACUCAAUACUAUUACUUUUUUUUUUUUUGUAUUUGAUCACAAGAAAGUAGUUAAAUGGUUUUUUUUUCUGUUCCCAUAAAGUUUCACACCCACUGGUAUUGAAAUGUUAUUUUUGUGAGGGCAUUGUCUCAAAAAAUGUGUUUAUACUGUUGAUUUAUACACGAAAUGUUUUACGUACUGUGUCUCCCAUCACCUAAGAUACUAGGAUUAGCAAUCGCACUUACAUCAAACUCCAAGGGAACUGGAAACUACAUCUUUUCCGAAGACAAGAGACACUUGCGUACCUCUGUAGCGUAGUUAGUUGUAGUUUUUUGGUGCACAUGCGAUGAACUAUUUAUUUCGAUGCGAGGAGGUUGAUCGACCAGAGAGGAGGAGUGUUCGACUUCACCCGCGGGCAGCCGCCACGAGCAUGGAUCAGGAAUAUUGUGUCCGACUGUAGUUCGUACCGUGGGCGAACGAGCUGUGUGUUGAGUGGAAGAAACUACGGGUGCGAGGAGGAGUUCAACUUAUUAUUUACUAUUCUAUAGUUUUGUAUGUUGAAAUCUUUUAAAAAAAGAAAAAAGGAAAAAAAAUAUGUUUUUGAAAUGUGUAUGUAGAUAUUGUUUAAUAGUUUAAAAAUAUACGUUGCUAGCUUCCUUCUCCAAGUACGUGUGCGCAUGACUUAGUUAAUUGAGUUACAUCUCUCAAAUUCUUGUUAGCACUUAUACAUGUUAAAAAAAUUUUAGCUAUUCUUUUUUUCGUAAUUUUGAGCUGGAUUCAAGUUUUCAUUUAGUACUCUUUUUUUUAUUCACUAUUUAUUAUAAUGUAUAGAGACAAGAUUUUAUAUUUUCUUUACAUAUCAGUUUUGUUUUUGAAAUGGAAAACAUCAGUGUUAAUGGUUUUAUUUUUUAAAUCCUUUAUAUUUAGUAAUAUAGUACAAUAUACAUGUAAGACUGAAAAAGGUUUCCUUAUAUCAUUAUUAUCAUUUUUUUUUGUUUUGAUGCAAGAUUUAUUUUUUCAUAUAUAAUUAUUUAUAAUAUUAAUGACUGGUAAAUUUAUUUUGAUCAAAACUUAAAUCAGCAAGCAUUUUUGUUUUGUUUAAAUACCAUAGUUUAUAAUGUAAAAAAAAAUUAUAUAAGAAAGGUAAAUUUCAAUUGGCCCUGUAAUUAAUUUUUAAACACCAUCUGUUCAACUACGUGUGACAAGAUAAUGGCCUGAGCUGUCACUAUGCUAGGAGAGAGAGUGUGUGUUUGGAGGUGGGCGGGGGGGGGGGGUUGUGGAAAACUGCUUGCCUGUAUCUGGUUAUCAUUCACUGUGUAUUAUCCACCGGAAAAAUGUUGUCUUAGGUUGUUAGGCUUUAGGAGUCUUUGCUGUGAGUAUGGGGUAUGGGAUCAGAUGUUUUCCAUGAGAUCUAUACAAGUUGUUUCUCUUUGCUGACCCGUUCUGAAGAAACCAAUCACAGAGCUGGCAUGCCCGGUUUCUACCCUCUGAUCUGAAAAUUGUCAACUUUUAAUUUUAACUGUAACACCAGCUCAGGUUUGAUUUUUAUGAACAUUUAUUUAACGUUAUCAGGAUGCUGUCAGGUCUAAUCUAUUUUAACAACCUACUGGGCUCUCUUCUCUGUUCUCUGUAAAAUACUUUAUCUGAUAAUGUAGGUGUUAGUAAUCAUUCUGAAUUACUGGGUUCAAUCUGGCAUUACUAUAUUUGUCUUCUCAAAAUCUAAGUGGCCAGAUGUAGUAAAAAACUUCACAUAAAUAACCCUAAAACAUUACAUAAUUCCUGUGGAAAUGUUGUGCCCGCCCGAUGAGAUUCCAUCCCGCACAGUCAUAGUCAUAACUGACUGAAUAUUUGUUUUUUCAAAGGUUUGGUAUUCAAAAUUGAAUCCAAUACAAAUAAUAAACUAUUCUUUUUGAUAUUCGAAAAUUUGAAUAUUUUCACAGGCCUAAUCAGCAGUCCUCAGGCAGACUUUAAAUUGUACGUCAGGCAUAAAGAAGCUAUGCUAUAUGCUUGGAGAAGGUUCAGCAGUUGGGAACAUGGUUGAGGAGAACAACGCAUGCAGACAUGAUGUAAACAAGUGAAUGCAGUUGCUGGCAGGUCUUGUUGAAGGUGCUGCCAUGAACUGUAGAGUUCGUAACAUUGUGGUUGCAUCAGUUAUUCUUGUUCCUAACUCUGGCAACUCAUAAACAUUGCUUACAUCAAGAGGUGUGGUUGCUCCGUGGGGUUGUGUUGGCUUGAAAGAAAUGUUCACAGUGGUAUUGCUAAGCUAACAACUUUGUAUAGUGCAAAGAUUCGGUGUUCUGAUGGUUGAGAUAUUGGAAGAUUAAUUUACUUUGGUAAACUACAGUAACUUAUAAAAUAAGCAAGCAAGAAACAUAAGAUUUUCAGCACUCAUUUGUUAUACGUAAUUGUUCCUGUACCAAUAUUUAAAUUUAAAUUCAAAUAAUAAUUUGGUGUCUUCAACUUUCAAAUUCUAAAAUAGUUUUGACAAAAAAAAAGUAUGUGUUUAAUUUUCUUUUCUGAAGCAACUGUUUAAAGAUUAAUUCUGUUCUGUUUUGAGGCAGUAAGCACCUUGUUUUGAUUAUCUCCCCUCAUGUAUGUGAUCUGUAUUAGAGACGAGGUUUUAUGGUUUUAUUCUUCGACAAUUUCAUUUUUUAAAACAGAGGACUAUGGUGUUCAUUGUUUUUUAUUUUUAUAAGAGCUUACUCCACCAAAACAGUGGUAGAAUUAAUAUACUGCAUUUUACAAUAAAAAUGAAAUAGUAAGUAUUUGUGGUUAAAAAGUGAUUCAAUAUAUGAUGCACAAUAAAACAAAUUAUAUUAAUAUUUCUGAUCCAUGCACUUUGGUACAAUUUUUUGCCUGGAAAUGAUAUUCCUUGAAUUUCAAACAUUUAAAGGUUAUUUUAUUUAUGUUUUGAAAUAAGUUUUGGUUAAAUACUACUUAAUUGCUCAAUAUAACUUGGUUUUCAAUGUUUUUUUUUUUUCUAUUUUAUCGCAAUUUACCAUACAAUCGUGUCCCUUCUGUAGUUAAAAAAUUGUUUUUGUCUGAAAUAGAAAACUUCACAUUAUUCUAUUUAUAUUUCAUGCUUAAAUUUACUAUCAAAUUCUGAAUGAAAAUUCAUAUUUGCAUUUACUUUGUUAAGUCAGACAUAUACUUAGUUACAAAGAUAAAGUUGUGUUGGUAAAAAUGUCAGCCGCUCGAGUUGAUCUCCCAGAAAGUAAUCUGCAAGUUGACAUUCCUUCUCUCCUCUGGAAGCUGUGCGGCACAGCGGGGCAUCUCCCGGGGGUUCCGUUGCCUCUACUAGCAGGUUUACCUCCACCUGUUCACUCGUGAACUGAAGUACAAGUGCUUUUACUUUGUUUUAUUGGAAACCCCACAUUACCCCAACCAUUUGUCACAUUUUAGACAACAGUUACUUUUCCAAACAUUUUCUCUUUUGCCAAACUACUCUGCUCUCGUCAAGAUUUAGCCUUUGGCAAGAUUAGUACAGUGUGUCCUUUAGAUUCCCGUCUUAUUUGAAGGCUGCAAAAAGCUUUCAGUGCUGCGCUUUGAUAGUAAAUCAAGUUCAGCACAUGCAUAUAAUUGCAGAACUUUACUUUGUUGAGUACUCCUACCGAAACUAAACCACCAAACUAAUCUGCGUUGGAUGAUCCCCCAAUGAGCAUGUCCCGUGUGCGGUGCAGCUGCUAUGUUGAUACUCCGUACCCGAGUGCGAAACAAGCGUGUAGCGGAUUGUACAACUUCAUGCUCUGUCAUCCUGUCACCAGUUGUGUUAGCAGUGUAUUAUUUACUGAAUAUCCAUUAUUAUGAUGUUAACUAUAUUAUAUAUGGCAAUGUGAUCCUGAUAAUGUAUAUUACAGUAGAACUCUAAUUAUCCGAACUCCGACUAUCCGAAUCGCCGAUUAUCCGAAUCACAAACAAGUCUUGACUUGACUUGUCUUAACUUGCCGUUGUGCCUACACUGACUUCCCCCCGCGUGUGUAGGCACAACGGCAAGUUAAGACAAGUUCCGGCGCAUUGCAGUCACGGCGCACCUGUCAUUGUUUGUUUUGAUUAGCCAGUGUGCUAUUGACCUUGCUCGAGGACGCUACUCUUUCGCUACGGCUUACUUUUGUUUGUGCGUGUACAAUACGUAUGUACUGUAUUGUUUUUAUACCAUGGCUUCGAAAAGAAAACGUGUUGUGCUAUCGUUAGCGGACAAACUGAAAAUUAUAGAGCAACUCGAUAAAGGUGUAACGGGUAAGAAGUUGUCUGAGAUUUAUGGUGUUGGACAAGCAACAAUUUCUGACAUUAAAAACAGUAAGUCAACACUUUUAAACUUUGUUUCGGUGCUUGAAAAUGAAGAUGGAAGUUCCUCCAGGAAAACAAUGAAGACAGCAACCAACAAAAAUUUGGAAGAUGCCGUGUUUAAAUGGUUUUUGCAGCAACGUUCUAUGGGAAAUCCGAUUUCAGGUCCAAUCCUUUGUGAAAAAGCCAAAAUCUUAGCAGAAAAGCUUGGUUAUUCAUAUUUUAAGGCUAGUAACGGCUGGCUAAGGAAUUUUAAAUUCAGGCAUGGUGUACGCGAGUUAGAUUUGGCUGGUGAGAAGCUUUCAGCAGACUCUGCAGCUGCUGAAAAUUUUAUUGAAAAAUUUAAAACUGCAUCAGAAUCCUAUGAUCCGGAGUUUGUUUAUAAUGCCGAUGAAACUGGCCUUGUUUGGAAAGCAUUACCAAAAACCACUUUGGCUUCUAAAAGGGAAUCUAGUGCCCCUGGACAUAAGGUCAGUAAAGAACGUGUUACAGUGCUUAACUGUGCCAACUCCACUGGAAAUCAUAAACUGCCACUUCUUUUGAUAGGAAAAUCAAGAAAUCCAAGAGCAUUUAAAAACGUAAAAAAACUUCCACUCUUCUACAAAAGUCAACCCAAGGCCUGGAUGACUGCAGCUUUGUUUACCGAAUGGUAUGAUGAAGUGUUUAUUCCUGAAGUGAAAAAGCACCAAAAAUCGGUGGGAAAAGAAGGCAGUAAGGUGCUUUUAAUUGUUGAUAACGCACCCACUCAUCCUACAGCAGAACUGUUGGAAAGAGAGAAUGGGCAGUUUAAAACGACGUUUUUGCCUCCCAAUGUUACAAGUUUGCUGCAACCCAUGGACCAGUCUGUUAUUGAAACAAUGAAGCGCCAUUACAGAAGGCAACUGCUGAGAAAACUGCUGAUCGAAGGUGCUGAAGAUGAAGAAUUGGUUUUGGCAAAUCAUAGCAAAAUAAAUUUAAAGGACUGCUGUUACAUGGUAGCGGAAGCUUGGAGUUUGGUUACGGCACUGACGCUAAGACGUGCGUGGAAUAAACUGAAAGGCCUACCGUCUGAGAAGAACAAAAAAAAAGAAUCUGAAGAAAAUGAGAAACAAGAAUAUGGAGAGGAUGAUGAUGAUAAAGAUGCGUUGUCACUAGAGGAAAUAAGAAAAAUGAUUGUAAAAAUUCCUGGUUGUACAGAAGUAAGUGCUGAAGAUGUAGGAGAGUGGAUGGCUUGUGACACGUCUGACCCUGGUUUUCAAAUUCUCAAUGACGAUGAAAUUGUUGUAAGUGUGAGAGAAGAUGUUGAAGUGGAAGUGGAAGAAGAACUUUCUGCUGAUGUUGAAGUAGACGCUGGACCAUCAGCUAGUGAAGCAUUUGCCGGCCUCGAGACUGCUUUGAAGUGGAUGGAGCGUCAGCCCGAGUGUGACCACUUGCAACUGCUCACCGUCAAGCGAAUGCGUGACCUGGCUGCCCGAAAACGGUUGAAGACCGCAAAACAGCUUACAUUGACGGAGAUGUUUAAAAAACAAUGACUUUUAUUUCUAAACUUGUACAUAAGUACAUUUUAUUUAUAUUUAAAACAUGUGAAAAUUUCAUGUUUCUUUCAUUUAAUUCAAUAAAAAAAUAGUGCAAUAUCAAAACGUAGCUUUUAUUCUCUCCAAUGGCAAUUUUUUUAAAAAAAAUCCGAUUAUCCGAAUAUUUGAUUAUCCGAAUGGGUCCCGGUCCCCAUUAAUUCGGAUAAUUGGAGUUCUACUGUAGUUGCAUAUGGCACUGUUGAAUCUGUUACCACCUCUUGUGGCUCAAGUUUCUUUUGUAAAAUAUUUUUAUGAAGUUGUAAAAGUUGUGUAAAUAAAAAUGCACCAUACUUGUA